UUGUCUCUGAAAGUUGAUAAUGUAACUAAAAUUUCUGAGAUGGCCUGUCCUGAAAAAAUCUUGCCUGAAAUAAAUACAUCAUCUACAUCUCAAAUCACUCUAGCUAAAGCAGAUGAUAAUGAUCUCACAGAUCUUAAGAAGGAAGAUUUUUGUAAUG